GAAAUAAACCAGGACCAACCUUUUCCUGCUCAUCUCGCAGUCGCGUUAAACCGCGAAGAUCAGACAUUGUCGAUAUAGCCUCAUCUGUGGUUAGCCUAGCCACACGUCCACAUGCUAUAAAAUAUAAAUUAUUCGAGUAGCAACCGUUUGUUUACAUAGUGUUGUUCAAGAUAAAGCAACAGUUGUUGAAGACUUUGAAAAUUGUGAACACAAACUCGAUUAUGCAAAAUUAUCUUUCGAAAAAUUACUACGCCGCUACGCUACGUCGAGACUCGAGCAUUGUUGUAACCAAGAUGGCAGACAACACGUGAGGAUUUUCAAUUUUACAUUUUCGUACAGUUGGUGCAAUACGAACGCCUUACGGUGAUGAUGCUAUCGCGUGAUUUUUGCUAAGUUCAAUGGAGAACUAUGUGUUGUAUGACGAACUUGGCCGAGGCAAGUAUUCUGUCGUAUUUAAAGGACGAAAGAAAGGCUCACUUGAGUAUGUUGCUGUGCAUUGUGCUGAGAAAGUCAAACGCAAAGAACUUCAAAAUAUCGUACGUAUUACCCACGACGUCUCUCAUGAUAACAUUGUGGCUUUCUACGAAUGGUACGAGACAACAAAUCACAUUUGGAUGAUUACGGAAUUGUGUACGGGACAAUGUUUAUCUGUUAUGUUGGAACAAGAUGGUUGUUUUCCUGAAGAAGUUGUUAAAAAUUUUGGAAUUGACAUUGCAAAUGGUUUACAUUAUCUACAUGUUAUGGGCAUACUCUACUGCGACCUGCAGUGUUCCAAACUUAUCAUGGAUGGCUGUGGAAAAGUAAAGUUAAGCAACUUUUCCUUGGCAAGAGUGUGCGAGGAAGAACAUGUCGACUUUGCAGAUGGUGAAUUGAACGAUGAAAAUCGACGACCAUCACCCUUGUACAUGGCACCAGAGGUCCUGCAAAGUUCUGUUCACGCGGUUUCUAGUGACCUGUGGUCUUUUGGAUGUGUUUUGUAUGAGUUAUUUACAGGAUGUUUGCCAUUCGAAGCAGAGACAUUCUCAGAACUGGUUAACAAAAUAAUCUGUGAAGAUUUUCCAAAUCCUAGGCAAGUCAUCAACGAUGUUGAACUUUAUCCAACUAACCAUUUCAGUAAUUUGUUGCAAAGCCUUUUGUGUAAAGAUGUCGGUUCGCGUAUGAUGUGGAAGGACUUGUUUAAUCAUCGUUUCUGGGAUGGAAGUUUGAGAAAACUGCUGGUUGAUGAAAAUGUUGAUUUGAUUGAAGAUGAACAAUUGGCAAUAAAUAAACUAAAUUUUGAAUUCAAGGAUAAAGAAUCAUUUGUAAACGAUGAAAAGGAACAAGUCUAUGACAUUCUCCAUGAUCUAAAAGCCUUAGCCCAGAAGUCUAACUCAGAAUCAAAGAAUAAUGAACUUGCAGUAGUAUCUAGACCAGAAACUGCUCCAGAGAAAAGCAACUCAAAUCUUGGUUUGGGAACUUACAAAAUUGAUCAGUUGCGGCCACACACUGCACAAGCACAAAAACUGAACAAGGCUGUCCACACAGAUAGAAUUUUAAAGCACAGUAAAAGACAACAAUGUGAGAAAGAAAGCUUGAAUAUAGAAAAGACAAGGCGAAAUAUUUUUUCCCAAAACAGUGAAAUGCAGCUGGAAAUAAUUCCAUUGUUUCAAAACUUGGAAGAUGGUGACGUUAGUAUUGAAAGUCUGUUGUAUCAUCCAUCAGAUUUUGUGUUAACUUCCAUUGCUGAUAAUCCUAAAAUAAAGAAAACAGUUAUCCCCAAAUGGGAUGCAAAGAUAAUGGGUAUAACACCAUUGGGUGGAGAAGCUUUUGAGGUAGAAGAUAGUAUUCGGAUGCAGUUUCUUGACGAGAUUUUGAAAGUUCUUGAACAACCUACAAGAAGCACUGGACAUACUGUAGGACAAAGGGCCAAACUUCAUUGUGCCUCGUAUCUUGCUUCGAUUGUCAAAAAUGUUGAUGUUGCAAAUCUGUUUGCCAACUCUGAUUUGGCUUUUAGGAUUGUUCAUGUUAUCAAAAUUUCGCCAUCAACAGAUUUGAAAGGAAGACUUGGUAUGACAUUGGGCUUGCUUGCCAGUAAUGCAACCAUGAUUCCAGACGCAUUCAAAAUGAGCGAGUUGUUCAUGGUUUUGUCCGAAACUAUGCGAGAUAACUUCAGGAAUGUCAAGCUAAAGCAAUGCCUCUUACCAUGCAUUGGAGAAUUCCUGUUUUAUGCUGCUACACAGGAGGAAAAUGAUGGGAAAAUGAACGAGAACUGGGAAGUUCCUGGUAUAACAUUCACCAUUAUAUUAAAGUGUCUACGUGAAGGUGAAGACAGCAUCGUUCAACAUUUUGCUGCAAAGACCAUUGAGAAUGUCGUGACGACCGACACUCAACACACCGAAAAAUUUGCUACCGUGGACACAGCUCAGAUGCUUUGGAAGCUAUUCACGCAUUGUUCUGGAGAUUCACAGAAACUGACGGCCAUUUCCGCGCUUGGACGUCUCACCCUUCAUUCCGUAAUCCUCUUUCAACACAUCAUCGAGAAUGUGGGCCUUCGCACCGUUCUCAAUGGCCUGUACAGCGGUUCAAGCAAAGUUCAGCAGGUCAUCAUAACCAUGCUCGCUACAUUAGUACUCAAAGGAGCCCAUAUCAAACGGAUUAUCGAGGACAAAGAGUUCGUUUUAAAGGUGAUGCAUUUUCUCGAAAGCUCCUCUAUGAUCAUACGUGGUAAAGCUUUCCUGGCUGUUGCGGCAAUGACACGUGAAGACUCUUCUUUAUCACACCAACAAAAGCCAUUAUCUCGCGCUUCCUCGCGUGAACAUCGCACCGAAAGUCUAACAAUUUCACGUGAAAAUCACGUGGCUCUACUCCACUGCUGUAGGGCGAAGCUGGUGACGUACAUCGAGCGCGAUACCAAGAGACAGACGCCCGGGAAAGCAGACGAGGACUCAGUAGAAUAUUUGAAACACUGCCUGAGUUUGUGUGUACGGAGUGCAUGUAGGUGUGUACCUAAAGUUAUUGUAAAUCUUGUGAAUGCAAUGGAGGCUACUUCGGGACGAAAACAUCCUUCUGCUACGCUGAGCAAAGAGCUAAAAUUUUGCAUUCCUCUGUUGUACAUUGCUCUGUAUUUGGUGACUAGCAACGUUUUCAGGGAUAAGGUCGUGAAUGAUAUAUUUAUUCAGCACAUGGGUCAACUGCUCGCGCACGUUUCGGCUAUCAACUGGAAUGCGCCUAUUUAUGCUCUCACCUCCACCACACAGCAAGCACCUGGAGACAGCCUGAUGAAUGUAGUUCUCUCCAUUGUCGAAGCAAUAGUCCAACAUCCCUCAAUCUUGUUGCGUUUCCGUGACACGUUUGUGAGUUAUGUCAUGCCAAACCUUGCGGUACUUUCAUCAAGUGAGGCGGGAGAUGUACGCAUGCUCUGUUUGAAGAUGUUUGCUGACAUGACAGCAAUGUUUCUCGACAGUCAGACAUUGGUCGAUGACAACGGGAAGCGGACUGCCACGAAGUUAGCCAAGUUAAUCUCGUCUGAACUUCUACCCAAGUACGACAGCAUUUUACUCGACCACGGUCCAUUACCGUCAUAUGCCCUAAAAUUGUUACUUGCGUUUCUCGAGCAUUCUCCGGCAUUCUCCGAAGUAGUCAUCGACCAGGGUGUAGUUGCCAUUCUUGGUGAAAUCUUAGAAAGACAUGAUGGUGACGUAUCUGGUUCCACCGUUCAGACCGUUGUUAGCUUAUUGGACUGUUUAGUAUCGUCUACCGAUGACCUCUGGCCUUUAUACGAGCAAGGACUUGUAGACCACGUGACCACAAUGUUUGUAAGUUCGACCGAUUUCAUUCAAAGACAGGAGCCAGAAAGGAAUUUCUCGGAAGUUAUGUUACCGCUGCUUGAUGUCGUGCAUGGCAUGAUGAAAUAUUCUUCGAAGGUUGUUCGCGAUGCCUUUCAAGCAAACUCAACAGCAAUUGGCUGUACAUUAACUGAGAAAGCCGAAAUGAUUUUACUUAAAGGUAAACCUUUAGCCGAGUUGACCGGCGUUUUAGUGCAAUUCCUUUGUCACUCAGAUAAAGAUAUUCAGGAGUGGUCAUUACGUUGUUUGUAUCAAGUGGUUGAGCUCUUUGGUGGAACUGAUUCUGAGGCAAUGACUACUGAGAGCAUAAGGUGCUUCACGGAAGCUCUGUUAGCUUCUGACCCGAAGAAACAAAAACAAAUUUUACGAAUUGUUAAACGUUUGGUUUCCUCAAGUACGUUGCAUGCUUCCACGUUCAACGAACACGGAGGUGUUUUGUUUAAAGCGAUGCGUGAGGUAAGCGAAGUUGAGAAUGUAUCUGAGGAUGUAAGGACAUUGGUUAUGGACAUCUCUGCAGCGUCAGGCAUGGCGUAG